GUCUCUUGGUUGAAAAGAAGCUCCCAACCAGCAUGUGACCCCCACUUCUUGAAGAAUCCUGUACAAUAGAAUGAAAAUUGAGAGAAUAAGCAAAUAGGAAGAGAGAGCAUUUCUCAUUAUAUUGAUCUCUAUAUUUCCUUGUGUAGGGUAUAUUCAAUCAAUCCAUCCUUCCAUCCAUAAAUCUAUGAGCCUGGAUUAACAAUUCUAGAAUCGACAUGGACAUGGGGUUGAGAGCAAAUGAAUGUGAGAGCCUACAAUGGAGAAGAAUGAGAUGCUGGUACGUUUCUGCAGAAUAGAUAGAAUGGAUAAGCGUAUGUUGGGAGCGUUGGUGUCCUCAAUCGUAUGCGAAGUGGCCAUUCUUAUUUUACUCCUUACUCACUCGCCAUCCCCAUGCGGGGGGUGUUAUUUUCCUCUGAAAUCCGUGUGGCCAAUCCUGGUGGAGAUUUUUCAGUCUUCGGAGGCGGUAGCGGCAGCCAUGAAUAGGGGUAGCAGAAGAACCAGAUCUAAUUCUGAGGAUGGCAGAAAACCCAAAUCUAAUUCUUGCAAGAGGCGGCGGUUGAUGCUAACGCUUCCUUCUCCUUCUCCUCCUCCCUCUCCUACAUAUUUGAAUGGAAUGAUGGGAGCAGCUUCAUUCAAGGACAAUUUCAAGAUGUCGGCAGCUACAUUUGAAUGGCUGUGCGCAGAGGUGGAGAAGGAGAAGGAGAAGGAGAAUGAGAAGGAGAAGGUGAAUUUGAGGGUGGGAAUGGCGGUGUUGAGGCUGGCGAGUGGCUGCAGCUACGCGAACGUGGCGCAGAGGUUUGCUUCUACUGAGGCAGAGGCGCGGCGGUGCACGCAACGCCUGUGCCGCCUUCUCUGCACGCGUUUCCGCCACUGGGUUUCAUAUCCUACCCCCGCCGUCCUCCGCUCUGUCUCCGACGAGUUUCAAACCCUAAGCGGUGGCCUCCCUAAUUGCUGCGGCGCGAUCGACUGCACCCGCUUCAGAUUCAAAGGCGCUCAUCAAUACAGCGUCGCGGCUCAAAUAGUGGCCGACAGUUGCGGAAGAAUUUUGAGUAUAACGACGGGCUUGAGCGGCGACAAGGGAGAUGCUAGGGUUUUGAGGUCGUCGAGCCUGUUUGCAGAUGUAGAGCAAGGGCGGCUGUUGAAUUCGGAGACGGUGAAGAUGAAGGGCGUUGCGGUUCCUCAAUACUUGGUGGGCGAUGGCGGGUAUCCUCUGCUUCCAUGGCUCAUGGUGCCCUUCGCAGAUCCUCUUGAAGCUUCCUGCCAGGAGGACUUCAAUGCCAAACUUCUGGUCAUGAGGAAGCCUGCUUUGAGGACCAUUGCUUGCCUCUCCAGCUGGGGCAUUUUGAGUAAACCUAUUGAGGACGAGGAUGUUAGAGGAGGAGUGGCAUGCAUUGGAGCUUGUGCUAUCCUUCACAAUCUUGUUCUGUUUAGGGAAGAUGGUUUUGACACUUCAAUUCAAGAUUGCAGCUUGCGCGAUUAUAGUUCGCAGUACUACAGGGAUGCCAGCAGAGAGGAGUCUUUGAUUGAACACAAAGCGUCCCUCGUAAGGAAUGCUUUGGCUCUACAUGCCAGGGACAUUACAACUUCAUUUCAUUAAAGGCGCAGGGCACUUUCAAGUGGUGUAUAUAUAUUCAUUCAGAUGAACUGGCAGAAUGCAAUUAGUGGAACCCUGGAGCCAGUUUGAAACCAAGGUAUGGUUAUAAUUGAAUAAUGGCUCUGUUGAUACCGUUGUUGUUGAGAUCGUUUUUGUGCACAGAUUCACAUGUAAGUCCAGGGGAAGUUACAGUUUUUUUAAAAAAAAAUUCUUGAAUAAUUUUUGUUUUCUAGUUCAGUUCCAUGUUAUAAGCAACAACUAAUACGCACAAUAUCUUUUGCAAAAUAUUGUGAUGAAGAUUAAUACAAGUGAAUGUUGUCUAAAAGUACGUCUCUUUUCUGCCAGAGGCUAGCAAUUGUCCCUAUUACUAAAGAGCUUCCGGCAGGAAAAGGGAUUUUACCCGUUCAUAAAACAAUUUGAAUUUAGAAUAAAAAAUUAUGGUAGAGUCCUGUGCAUUUUCUCU